AUGGCCGAAGACCCUCGUUGCAAAAGUCAAGCAUCGGCUACGCUACACGUACGACCUGCUGAGACUCCCCCAGCACCAGGCGCUGACCGAUUCCAGCGGGUGGGACUAUGGAAUCCAGCUCAUGGACUACGUUUUGCGACGACAGCGGUGGCCGAAGCGUCUAAGUCGGACUCUAUCCAUGAAGCCGCCGAGACCGUGUCUUCACGUAUAGAUGAAUCAGCUGCAACGAUUCGCACUGACGAGUCCUCUCCGAACACUCGAAACGAAGCAAACGAUGCUACCGGACACACCGAGGGAGUUGCUGUAGAGGGCACUUCAGAGAGUGACGAUUCUAGCGGUGUUUCAUCUCAGCCCGAGACCGAGACCGAAUCCACGGACGACGAAGAAGACAAUGCAGAUGAACACGUUUCCCUCACAUAUCAGAUCCCAGAGGAAAGGUUGCGUGCUGCUAUGCUUGCCGCUCCCAACACACGGGACAGUUAUUGGAGUGCCAAACUCUAUCAAGGACCUGAUGGCGAAUCUCUCUCCACCCAUUACUGCAAGUCUUUCGAUGUUGCUGAAAGGGUGGCUAAGUAUUUUUUACAAGAGAAGAUAGUUGGCUUCGACAUUGAAUGGAAGCCUCGUGGAAAUCCAUAUUCGAUUAAGCAGAAUGCUUCAUUGAUUCAGCUGGCUUGCGAAGAUCGAAUCGCACUCUUUCAUGUGUCGCUUUUCUCAGGAAGCAAAGCGGAGCAACUAAUGCCUCCUAGCCUGAAGGCUGUCCUCGAAUCACCAGACAUCUACAAAGUAGGUGUGUCUAUCAAGGGCGACUUCAAGCGCCUAGAGAAGUACCUCAAUGUUCAGCCUCAGGGGGUUUUCGAGCUGAGCCGCUUGCAUAACCUAGUUGAGUGGUACGGGGUAGAGCCUAGCAAAGUCUCAAAGAGGGUUGUGAACCUCGCUUCCCAAGUGCUGCAGCAUCUGCAGCUGCCCUUGUAUAAAGGCGAGCAGUUAGCCGACGACUCCGAAACAACACCUAGCGUUCGGGAAAGUGACUGGAGUCUUCCUUUAGAUGUGCAGCAGAUACACUACGCAGCUGCUGACGCGUAUGCUGGAUUUCGCCUGUAUUAUAUGCUCGAAUGGAAAAGGACACGGAUGAAGCCGGCCCCUCCUCCAGUAGCUCUUUGCGAUUUUGAUAACAAGCCUUCACCAAGGCCCAAGGAAUCCCGCAAGAGAAUCAAGAAGUCGAAGAACGUAGCAGACACAACUGUAAAGUCCGCAGUUGAUGUGGCUGAAGACCAACAAGAAGACGAAGGAGACACCGAAGGGUACGAGACAGCGACAGAGGAAUUUGCUGACAGCCAUCAACUCGAAGAAUUACUGUAUGCAACAUCGACAAUUGUCUCUGCAGGUGGCGCGGAUAAGACCCACGUGUCCCAAUCCACCCGGAGCAGUAAUCUAGAAAAGACGGAGAGAAUGGGGGCUGAAAGCAUAAUUCCUCCUGAAAAGCGGGUUGGUCGAGUGAACCUCUCCCGGCUCGACCAUACUAAUUUUGGAUACCCUGAACUGCCUGAGACAUCACAAGAGGAAGACACAGAGACACUAUCCUCUGCACUGUCUAAAGAAGAUGUUGGUGUGCGGCUAGAGGGUCAAGACAAGGGUGUUUCCUUUCAGAGGCAAAAAGCUGAUGAUGAUGAGUUUGCAGACCCAGAACUUGAAGAUGCACUCAGACGUAUGACUCUAGAUGACAGUGGAAGGUUGACAGAAGAUGCGAACGGCCUAGCAUUGGAGCAAAUUUCCCCUGACCUUCACGAACCUAACGGGCCUAUCCCAACACCACAACCGGACAUUGGUCUCCUGGACGAGCCAUCACGAACACCCGAAUACAACUUGGCGACAACAUGGGCACAAGAGCAUCUUCAACUUACCAUCCCAUCGCCUUCCUCGACAGCACCCUCGCGUAUACGUGCAACCGUGACGCACCUUCGCGCUUAUCAUAUGUGGUAUUACCAGAAGCUUUCGAUUGAUAGGAUGACCCAAAUUUUGCGAGAUCCGCCGCUCUCAAGUAAUACGGUCGCAAGCUAUAUCUUGCAGGCAGUUACGUUGGAGCGGCUCGAAUACGAGCAAGAGUCCCUCAGAGACGUAUUGAUGGUGAUGCCUUCCGGGGUGCGAAAGGGACGAUGGAGGGCGCUAGCAGAGGAAGUCGAUGCGCUGGAAUGA